ACCAUGCUUUAUCCUGCCAGUGUGUCCUGCACAGAACAUACUCAGUCACAGGAAACCCCUCAGCUCUCCACCAGCGCUCUAGCAUACGUUCUUUCUCACACACUGCAGCAUGCUCACAAAGAGGAUGACCAUGUGGAGAAUGAAUGAGAUGUGCAGAAGGAUGGCUCUAACUUUAGUCUUCUAUGUUCUGCUGUUCCACACUUGCCAGGGACAGAGUGACUCUUCAAUGACAACUGCAGCUCAAACAACUGCGAUGGAAGGGAGUAAGAUGCCUCAGAGUUCUUCUGAAGGAACAGCUAUUACAGCUUCCACAAUCCUUCCAAAUAGUCCCACUAGUGAUGCUGACAAAGCGGAUGGUGCUUCUGACACCCCAAUCAUGACUACUUCAUUCGCAGGCAGCACUGAUCAACAAAUGUUCACAAGCCUAGUUACUUCUGAGGAACCAACAUCAAAACCUCUAACAUCCAUUUCAGUGGUGUCCAUCAUUGAAAAUGAAAUAAAGGAACAUGGUGACAAUUAUCAGACAGAGUUGGAACCAGACACGGGUUCAGCUAACCAGACGCAAGUGUUCGUGCCUGUACUGUUGAGUGGGUUAAUCCUCGCCGCUGCCCUGAUCGGAAUAUAUGUAUGGAAGCACCGCUGUCGCGCAAAGCAAACUGGCAUGAAACUGGCAGAGGAGUCGUACAUGGCUGAUGAAGAAAACCAGGGCAACACUCUGGUGUCUGUGGCUCCUCUGAACCCACCUGAGAACCAGGAGAAGCCAAGCCAGAAUGGUGAGUCCCUAGAAGCCGUGAAGACCCAGAAUCCUCCUGCCGCCACCAAUGGCCACUCUACUGCCAAGGCCGACACUGAGCUGUGAGAGUCGGUCUCAAUUACACAGGCUCUGGGUCAAUGUUCACCAACCCGGUCCUACAAACAACACUAGGGAACUGACAAAACAAAUGAACAGGCUCCCUUAUUUUCUCUAAUGAUCGCAAAACAAUUACAACAUGAUGAGGGUUAUUCCACAGAUUAUUGUGGUGACUAUUAUUAUUAUUACUAUUAUGCAAUUUGGAAAUGGCUCUCAAGCUAAUGAAUACUGGGGGUGGGUUUCCCAAAAUGUUUGUAAUGCUAAAUACUUUCUUAUUCAUUAAAAUGCUCUUUAAUUAAUGAGUAUAUACCAAAAUCCUUCGUAACUAAAAUAAUUCAUGAACUAAAUUAACAGAAAUAACAAUGAACCUUUUCAUUGCACUUCAUUAUUAUGUACUUCAUUAUUCAGAGAUUGUAAGCAGUUCUAACUCAUAAAGGCAGAGGCUGCUCAUUGCUAUACAAAAAGCCUCACAGUUUUAUGGAGUGACUGUGAUCUAUUGCCCUAGAGUUAACUUGCUUAAUUAGCAUCUGUGGUGCAGUGGGUAGCUUUGCUGACUGUCUGUGUGGGGUUACACAUUGUUCUUUAUUAAUCAGGUAGCUAUUAAAACCAAGUGAAGCAAACUGCUUUAAACUGUGUUCAUGUAAAUCCGAUCACAUGGAACAAACAAGUAUAAGAGAUGAACUUACGCUGAAGUAACAUAUUUCAUUUUAAUCAAAUAAAUGAAAUGAAUACUUUUUAAUAUUUAGCUAGUGUACUAUGUUGUAGUACACUGAAACAUUUCACUAAAACGUACCUGAUUUAAAUGUGCACACUGGUCCAAUGUGAAUUAAUUGAUUCAUAUUCAAAGCCAAUAUAUAACACAGUUAACCAAGUUCAAGAUAAAACACAGGACUCUAGAGCUGACAGGCAAUGAUGUUACCCACUAGACUACCAUACCACAUAUUAACUUAAUACUACUUAGUAUAAAUAUCCUAAUAAGACUCAUACCAAGUCAAAGUUAAAAUUAAAAGGUUACAUCAAACUUAUCAGCAUUCCUAAACAGCCUUGCUGAUGAAAGAAACGGUUUAGAAACAACAAAAGAUUUCAUAACGAAUACUUCCAGAGCAGCUACACAGAACAUGCUCAUAAUUACUACCAAGCAGAAUAAGUAGUUUAGACACAGUAUAGACUAUAUACUGUUGACAUCCCAGAAUGCACUGUCAAUACUAAUAAGCUGCUAAAAGCCAAUCAAGUGCUUCUAGUAAACUGUACAUUUAAUGUAAACUAUUACAUUAUAUUUCUCUUAAAUCUGGUAACAUAUUGCAUCCAAACAAACACCAUUUCUGUUGUAAAUUGUUGAUUCAGCUUGUGUCUAUUAUGCUGCAUUUCUAAACAUCUGCAUCUGUUUCUGUUGAACGGUUGCUGAACUCAGCUGAUAAAUUUACCACCAGACUAUGAAUCAGAUGUUUGACUAUUGACUUGUAUAGAGUGUGGGCUUGAUUCAAAGAACAAUGAUCUACUUACAACUCAAUGUGUAAAUCUCUUAUAGUAAAGGCUCCCAGGAGUCAGUCACAAAAAAAAAGCUCAUACGUAAUGCUUGUCCUUGUUUGUUAUUUGCUAAGAUUCAUGACUAUUGGGAAACCCACCCUACAAUAUCUGGCUAUAUCCCUUACCCUCCCCACACACAAUCAAUGAAAUAAAUAAAGUUAAAUAAAUAAAGUUGUUUGCGCAAUAAUAAAAAAAAGUUCACAGCAGUUAAAAUAUGAUAUAAUUUUAAUAUUAUAUAGUAUUAUAUAAUGUUAGUCUGUUAUAAUGUGAAGAGUGCGAGUGUUGCAGCUUUCUGAGCUGGUGUUGAAUUCUGGAUUUGGGUGGGUGUCCUUCAGUAUGAUUGAUUGCUGGCUUCCACAAGUGUAUACAGACUUGGAAGGAGUUAGUCCCUGUUCAUUUCCCAGUGUUCCACAGUGUCCUAACCCUCCACAUGGCUCUCUGUCCAAGAGCACACUUCUUUUUGGGUCAUUCAAAGAACAUAUGAUUCAGUUGAAACAUGUGGGAGCUCUGUUUGCUUGUUCUUAUUUUUUUUUAUGUCCAUGUAUGAAUUGCAUUUCUAAAGUUUCGGAUGUUAUGUGUGAAUUAUAAAUAUGAGUGAUGCCAUAUUUCAUUGUGUUGAUAUAAGCUUGUGUGCCCAUCAUAACAUUACUGGCCAACCUUUGUUCAUAAAACAAUGCGACAAUGUGACGACUUGCAGAGUUAAGGUGAUUGUACAGCACUUGUUUGGUGCUGGACUUCAUUGGAUAGCAAUUACCAUGAACUCCUUCAUCACUGCAAACCACAGCUCACACCGGACUUCAAAACCCUGUAAAACAACCAGGGCUUAUAGAUGAUUGAUGACGGUGACCUUUUCAAUGGACCAAGACACACUUUGGAAUUGUAUAUUUGUCCUAAACCAGUAUUAUGGGUUUUUUUGUUUUUGUAAUAUCUCUGGAAUUGCAUAAUUGUUUAGAUAUAGUAGUCUAUCCUGAAAAUCUAGUGUAAUUGUGAUGCAAUAAUUGAUUGUAAAUUGUAAAUCAGCCAAAGGUAAACACUGAACAAAGCAGAGUCCAGCAGUUGGCUUAAUGUGUACAUAGACUCCCAUAGCGAUAGUUUUAGCAUGGCAGCCAUGAUUAUUAGUUUUCUGUUCUUUUAUUUAAUUCAUCCUUCCUCUAUUUUUUAACAUUCCACAUUUCUGGGUCUGUGUACUACAAUUCUUAUAAACUGAAGAACUUGUUUUGUUGUAAGAUUGGAAUAUGAAUAAAGUUUUGGAAACUAAA